GGCGGGCGGCGGUGACGGAAGGGUUGCCGGGCACUGAUGGCGGCGCUGGCGCGGGCCCUGAGCUGCCAGACUGGAGUAAGUCAAUGGCUAACAGGAUGCAGUGGAUUGCUCCAGACCGCCGCAGUCCCGGGCCAGUGUAGACGGAUGCUCUGCAGUAUUUUCCAGAGACACAAGGCUGGCCCCUUCCGACUGCCCAGAUUCUGUCGGGGAUGGAUUCCAGCCAGGGGAGCCACCACACAGCAAACCAGAUCCUUUUACAACACCAAUCAGCACCUUUCUGCAAAAGAUUCCUUGCAGCCAACUGAAGAGAAAGUGGGUGCUUUCACAAGGAUAAUAGAAGCAAUGGGGUUCACAGGACCACUCAAGUACAGCAGAUGGAAGAUCAAGGUGGCGGCGCUGCGCAUGUACACGUGCUGCGUGGAGAAGACCGACUACGAGGAGUUUUUUAGCCGGUGCCAAAUGCCUGAUACUUUGAAUUCAUGGUUCCUGGUAGCCCAGCUUCAUGUCUGGAUGUGCCUGGUCCGGAUGAAGCAGGAGGGCCGCACAGGGAAGUACAUGUGUCGCUACAUCGUCCACUGCAUGUGGGAGGAUGUUGAGCAGCGUGGUAAGGUCAUGGGGAUUAAUUCUGUUGCUCUAAAGGAAGAUUUGAAAAGUAUGGUAGAAAAUUUCUAUGCAGCUCUGUUUGGAUAUGAUGAGGGAAUCUUGUCUGAUGAUCAUGUUCUGGCAGCAGCUCUUUGGAGGAACCUUUUCAACAGGAACUGUGACGACCCUCGGCAUCUGGAGUUACUCGUGGAGUACGUGCGCAAACAGGUGCAGCACCUGGACGCGCUGAGUGGGGAGGACCUGCUGCUCACGGGCGAGGUGAGCUGGCGGCCGCUGGUGGAGAGCAACGCCCGCAGCAUCCUCAAGCCCCUCUCCCCCGUCUACAAUGACGAAGGACUCUGAGAUCCGUGCUUGGAACAGCGUGGGAGGCGUGCCUGAAGUGGGACUGGGCUGGGGCUGUGAGCUCAGGAAGAAAAAUCUGCUGUUGGAAAAAAAAAAAAAAAAGCUUCAUUAGCUAUCCCAUCCGUGGUGCCUCAGUAGCAACCUGGACAGCCAUCCUCCUCUGAACCUUCACCUGCAAGUCAAUCCUUGUUGGUUUGAGAACCUCUGUCCUUUUUAUGGCCCUGAGUGGCCCUGGCUGUCAAAUGGACAGAGCUGCCUUCUGUCUUUAGGAAAGCAGGUAUUCACCAUGACAUAGAGUUCUCUCCAGAAGACAUUUCUGUCCUUUGCCUCGUUUAAAGAGCUGCUACCCAGAGACACAGCGGUGUCCUCUGCUCCCUGAGUGGUUGUCAAUGCAAAUCUGAGCUUUGCAGAUUAGAUGUUAAAUAUAUAUUUUAAAAGCCUGAUAUGGAGAUGGAAUGGUCCAUCUUUGCUUUAGUGGAGUUAAGAAUUGCUUUAAAAAAUUCUGAAGGGUUUUCUGUGAAAAUCCUUUUUGGAAACUCUGCUCUGUUGCACAAGAAUGGGAGAAUGCAAAGAAUAAUGCACGGUCCCCAGCAAUCCUCUGUGUCUCUGGCCAUCUUAGGGAGAUUAAAGCCCAAAUCAUGGCUGGGCUGGCACUAAAAGCUGCCUCAGUACUUGAUGUUUCAGUCUGCCUUGCUGAUACUUCCACGUUCUCUGUAGAGUUGUGCUCUAGGAAUUUCUUCCUGAAAAGAACAUCCCUGUUUGUGUCCCUGGGACAGGACCCUGCCAUCCUCCUCACCCCAUAACAGCGGUCCAGGGCUUUUUUAGCAAGACCCAUCAGUGCCAGAGAAAACUUUCUAUGGCUGUGCAGGCAAAUGAUGCCAACACAGUAAUUAGGGGAGCAGGAGCUGCACUGGUGAGGUCAGCAGAGGCUGAGGUGCUCUGUGUGGGUGGAGGGUUCACCAGGCUGUUUCCAGGUCAGUGGCAGAACCAGUUUUCGUUUCUCUCCUGUCCAAAAUCCAAGUCAAUAAUAAAUGUCAGUCUGGGUAAAA